AUGUAUUCUGCUACUACUUUCUUUACUUCACCACUCCUUCAUAACCUUGAGAACUUCCACUCAAGAAGGUUGCUACUUGCCUCUCCACUCAACCAAUCAGCCAAGCCCCCAGCAAGCAGCCACGAUUCAACAGAAACAUACCUUGGAGAUGGCAAUUUCGAUGCAAAUGUUGUCAUGGUACUCUCAGUCCUACUCUGUGCACUCAUCUGCUCCUUAGGUUUGAACUCCAUCAUAAGGUGUGCACUAAGGUGUUCCAAUUUCGUAGUGCGUGACUCAGUGGCAACCAACAACCCUCCAGCAAGAGUUGCCAACACAGGAGUGAAGAAGAAAGCCCUCAAGACUUUCACCACAGUGAGUUACUCAGCUGAGCUGAACCUGCCAAGUCUGGACUCAGAGUGUGUGAUAUGCUUGUCAGAGUUCACAAGUGGUGACAAGGUUCGCAUUUUGCCAAAGUGCAACCACGGAUUCCACGUACGCUGCAUUGACAAAUGGCUAAGUUCACACUCUUCAUGCCCCAAAUGCAGACAGUGCCUAAUUGAGACUUGCCAAAAGAUUGUUGGGUGCGGUCAGCAAGCUAGCUCCUCUCAACAACCAGUGUUGCAGGUGCCAGAGACCACUGUAACCAUCACGCCACUGGAGCCAGAAAGUUUGAUGCGUGACUAUAGAGAACUUCGCUAA